AUGCGCACUCGUUCGGGCGAAUUUCUAACCAGCGACUCAAUCGAAAAUGGGGUCAUUCAGAGGCAUAGGGAGCCGAAAAAGAUUGUGGUGAUCGAGAAAUACCAGCCGGAUUCAAGAGUUGAGCGGGAAGACGAAAUCCUCGCCCCGGAGAGCUUGAAAUCGACGUCGGAUUUGUUUCAGUUAAGAAUCCUCAUUCUCUCAGUUCUCGCACUCAUUUUCGCCUUUUCGUUGGCUUCUUGUAAUUGUGACGGUAAUCGUGGUGAAAACGAUGCAGUAGGCGCUUUAUUUGGUGGUUGGAAGGACAAGGAAUUCGUGCCCCUUAUUCUGCCAUCAAGGAUAUCCAAUCAGCAAUUGACACGAUCUGGUAGCCCCGGUUGCAAAUUUGAUGUUACGAGGUACUAA